AUGAUUGUUGGUUUUGCUGAUGUUAAAGAUAUUUACCUGGGAAAAGUAAAAUAUAUUGGCAUAGAGAAGAAAAAAGACAACUAUUGCAACGGCUCCUGUGCUGGAAUUCAAUAUUUUGAAUGUGCUCCAGGUUAUGGUUGUCUUCACAACAUAGAAAGAAUCAUUCCACAGAGUUAUGCUAAUGGCCCUCCAUCUCCCCUUUGAGAACCCCCUCCGAAUUGGACGUGUGUCUAGAGAAAAACUUACAAAGCAUGAUCAACAGUAACAGCUAUGAAAAACCAAAAUAUGAAAACAUCGUUACUAAGUAUGGAGAGUAUUCAAACAAAACUUGACUUCUACUAAUAAGCCUGUCAGUGGCCUAAGGAAUCCUUAUCUUUGCAAGACAUCGUGGAGAAUACCAGUGUAAAUACUAACAAUGAUUUUGACCCAGAAUACCAUCAUACAGUCUGAUAAGACUCAUUUGACAAAUGAGCAGAGGAAAAUCAAAAAUAAAUCUGAAAUGGACUUGAUUGAGGUGAUUGGUGGCACGUGGUCCGGUUCGACAGAUAGCAAAACGUUAGAAUCAUUUAGUGAUUUGAAAAAAACCUUGACAAAAACGAUAAUUUAAAGGAAAAAUACUCACAAUCUCAGUAUAAAAGUAACACUUGGAGCAAGAGGAAUAAGAGCGUUAAUCUUCUGUCUCACUUUAUUGACUCCAUCAUAGUAGUAAUACUCUCAAAAGGACCGCUAAGUUUUACACUGAUUCUGUAGAAAAUGGUGAGGAAGAUGCAAGGAUUCACAGCGUUAAAAAGCCGGAAAUGUUAAGAGUAAGUUUGUAGUUUAUUUUGGGUUUGGUAAUUUUAGUGCAUGCAGUGGCGUGUCUGAAUUCGCAUUUUUGGGGAUCAAAGAUUCAGAUUUA